UCUAUUACGACUUCGAUUGUCUACGAUUUUCAAACUCAAAGCAACGAUGAAUGCAACUAAUGUCUGCAACGAAUGCAUGUCUACAGUCACCAACAAACAAGAAGGCUUGAUCUGCGACAUUUGUGUUCGGUGGUUUCACCGAAAAUGUUUCAAUGGAACUACAGUAGGAAUGUCCAGGCCGCAAUACAGAUUACUGAAAAGUCGAGACGUCACUUUUGACUGGAAAUGCCUAGACAGCUACACAAAGGCCGAAGAUCAACAACAACAGCGGAAUGAUUCCACGAUACAUCUGGCCCCGCCGACGAACAUUCCACGACUCGUUGAUUACUCCGACUCUGAAUGCUCUGAGAUUAGCCCAAUACCUAUGACUGAGGAAAUUUUUACAUUUCCCGUCGGAUGUUCAGGGGUGGUGGAGUCAUCCAUAGAGGCUUCUGUUCCCAGGGACAUAUCCAGCGAAAAUGCCGAGACGACCGUAGUGGAAGUGGAAGGGGACCUGAGUCAAAGAAAACACCCCAAGCUGUAUGAGAGGCACGGUUACUCCUAUACGGUUCUUCGCACUAAUAUCAACGGAAGUGUUACCUGGCGGUGUUCGGUGCGGAGGAAAGGAAAUAUAUGCCCGGCCAAGGUAUACCAAACAGGAGAUGAUUUUAGUAGAAAUGGUUUGGAUCAUACCCACGAACCUAGACCAAACGAACGGCCCCGCGUCCUUCUCAACAGGGCAGUUUUGAAGCGCGGGUUGGAAAAUCCGUACACGGCAUGUGGAAUCAUUACGAAAGCGGCAAGGAGAGACAUGACCAACCCGCCUUCUAUAAGAUUCACUAAUGAAGGAACAUUGAAGAGGUUCUGCAAUAGGAAAAGACAGGGAAACAGACCCACAGAUCCAUCAGAUAUUAACGAUGAGUUGAAAAUAGAUUAUUUACCUACUGAUUUCUUAUUAAAAGAUAUCAGAAUAGAGGGAGCGCGUCACCUUUUGUUCGCAACCCAAAAGCAAUUGAAAAUUUUGGCCAAUUCAGAAGUUUGGUACAUGGACGGUACUUUUGAUGUUGUUAGAGACCCGUAUUAUCAACUCUUUUCAAUUCACGCAUUCGUUCGAAGUGGUGAAUGUACCAAACAACUGCCCCUCGUUUUUGUUUUAAUGUCAAGGCGACGUAAGUGUGAUUAUGAAAAUGUUUUCAAGGCUAUCAAAACUAUACUGCAUUUAAAUUUUUCAGGUACUCGUGUGAAGAAAUUUGUCAUGGACUUUGAAGCAGCAACAUGGCAAGCACUGUCUCUGGUAUGGCCGGAUGUGAGAAGACAGGGAUGUGCAUUCCAUUUCACUCAGGCCAUCAUGAAGAACAUGCGACAGAACAAAUUAGCAAGUUUGUAUAACAAAUAUGUUCAUCCCGUCGCUGUUCCUAUCUCUGCGAGGCAAAAUAAGUUGAAUAGAUUUGCCGAAUAUUUCGACAGGCCAUGGCUGAAGAACUCAGUUCGGAAACCAAAAGACUGCCUUAUAUCCAAGAUUCACGAGGUCAGCAUUGCGGUGGAAUCAGAUGUAGCAGAAGUAAUGGAGGAAAAUAUACCAAGAAGGGCUGACGCAAAAUACAGCGAGGCAAAUGACAAGCUGAAGGAAGUUUGGAGUGUUUUCAAGGACGGAGGAUUAUCUGCGGAGGCUCUCCUUCGAAGAUAUUUAAAGAUCGGAAUGACUCUGGCGAUUUUCAAUGAAGAUGGGAAAAUGCCUAAUCGAAGCGAGCUGUUAAAGAACUCUGUCAGACAUGGUGAUAAUAUAUCUGCAACAUAUCUGAGAAAGCGACUGGGAAUGCCGUCUGCCCCAAUUGCCUUCCCGACCCGCAGGGUAGCUAAUUCUAUAGUUAGUUCGUUCAUCGUUGCUGGACUCAAGAAUAUGGAUUGGUUUACUCGUUUGCCAAGGUAA